GGCGCGGGGGAAGCUCCUCAAUGAGCGCAAUUGGCGCGGGGAGCGCGCGGCGCUGCCGGGGCCGCUCCGCUCCGACCGCUCCGAGCCGUGCCGAGCCGUGCCGAGCCGUGCCGAGCCGCUCCCGCCAUGAUCGCAUCGCACCUCCUCGCUUACUUCUUCACCGAGCUCAACCAUGACCAGGCGCAGAAGGUGGACAAGUACCUGUACCACAUGCGGCUCUCGGACGAGACCCUGCUGGAGGUGUCCCAGCGCUUUGAGAAGGAGAUGGAGAAGGGGCUGGGGGCAGACACCAACCCCACGGCCUCCGUGAAGAUGCUGCCCACCUUCGUGAGGUCCACCCCGGACGGGACAGAGGACGGCGAUUUCCUGGCCCUGGACCUGGGGGGCACCAACUUCCGAGUGCUGCGGGUGAAGGUGUCGGACAACGGGCUGCGCAAGGUGGAGAUGGAGAACCAGAUCUACGCCAUCCCCGAGGAGCUGAUGAGGGGCAGCGGGGUGCAGCUUUUCGACCACAUUGCUGAGUGUUUGGCCAACUUCCUGGACAAGCUGCAAAUCAAAGACAAGAAGCUCCCCCUGGGCUUCACCUUCUCCUUCCCGUGCCACCAGACCAAGCUGGACGAGAGCAUCCUCGUGACGUGGACCAAGGGGUUCAAGUGCAGCAGCGUGGAGGGCAGGGACGUGGUGUCCCUGCUGCGCAAGUCCAUCAAGAAAAGAGGGGACUUUGACAUCGACAUCGUGGCCGUGGUGAACGACACCGUGGGCACCAUGAUGACCUGUGGCUACGAUGACCACAACUGUGAAGUUGGCCUCAUUGUUGGAACUGGAACCAACGCCUGCUACAUGGAGGAGAUGAGGCACAUCGACCUGGUGGAGGGGGACGAGGGCAGGAUGUGCAUCAACAUGGAGUGGGGAGCCUUUGGUGACGACGGGGUGCUCAACGACAUCCGCACCGAGUUCGACCGCGAGAUCGACAUGGGCUCGCUCAACCCUGGCAAACAAUUGUUUGAGAAGAUGAUCAGCGGGAUGUACAUGGGGGAGCUGGUCAGGCUCAUCCUGGUGAAGAUGGCCAAGGACGGGCUGCUCUUUGGGGGAAGGCUCACGCCAGAUCUGCUCACCACGGGCCACUUUGAGACCAGAUUCGUGUCAGCCAUCGAGAAGGAGAAGGAGGGGCUGCAGAAAGCGCACGAGAUCCUGAGCAAGCUGGGGCUGGAGCCGUCGCACGAGGACUGCAUGGCCACGCUGCGCAUCUGCCAGAUCGUGUCCACGCCUCGGCGCUCCGUCACGCUGGCCGCCGGGCCACGCUCGCGCCACAAGGGCGCGGCAAGCUGCGCCCCACCGUGGCGUGGAGGCCCGUGUACAAGAAACACCCCCAGUGAGGACAAGCUGCGCUCCACCGUGGGCGUGGAUGGCUCCGUGUACAAGAAACACCCCCACUUUGCCCGCCGCCUCCACAAGACCGUGCGGAAGCUGCUGCCCGACUGCGAGAUCCGCUUCAUCCGCUCCGAGGACGGCAGCGGCAAAGGCGCGGCCAUGGUGACGGCCGUGGCCUACAGGCUGGCCGCACAGCACCAGGCCCGCCAGAAGAUCCUGGAGCCCCUCAGGCUGAGCCACGAGCAGCUGCUGGAGGUGAAGGAGAGGAUGAGGAUAGAGAUGGAGAAAGGGCUGGGCAAGGAGACGCACGCGGAGGCGACGGUGAAGAUGCUGCCCACCUACGUGUGCUCCACUCCCGAUGGAACAGAAAAGGGAGAUUUCCUGGCCCUGGACCUGGGAGGAACCAAUUUCCGCGUGCUGCUGGUGCGCGUCAGGAACGGGAUGCGGCGCGGGGUGGAGAUGCACAACAAGAUCUACUCCAUCCCUGUGGACAUCAUGCAGGGCACGGGAGAGGAGCUCUUUGACCACAUUGUCCACUGCAUCUCUGACUUCCUGGAGUACAUGGGCAUGAAGGGCGUGUCGCUCCCGCUGGGGUUCACCUUCUCCUUCCCUUGCCAGCAGAACAACCUGGACGAGGGAAUUCUCCUGAAGUGGACAAAAGGUUUCAAGGCCACGGGCUGCGAGGGAGAGGACGUGGUGGGGCUGCUGAAGGAGGCCAUUCACAGGAGAGAGGAAUUCGACCUGGACGUGGUGGCAGUGGUCAAUGACACCGUGGGCACCAUGAUGACCUGUGGCUACGAGGAUCCCUACUGUGAAGUUGGGCUGAUUGUCGGCACGGGCAGCAACGCCUGCUACAUGGAGGAGAUGAGGAACGUGGAGCUGGUGGAAGGGGACGAGGGCAGGAUGUGUGUCAACAUGGAGUGGGGGGCCUUUGGGGACAGCGGCUGCCUCGAUGACAUCCGGACAGAGUUCGACAUGGCCGUGGAUGAGCUGUCCCUCAACCCUGGCAAGCAGAGGUAUGAGAAGAUGAUCAGUGGGAUGUACCUGGGGGAAAUUGUCCGCAACAUCCUGAUGGACUUCACCAAGAAAGGGCUGCUCUUCCGGGGACGCAUCUCGGAGAGGCUGAAGACCAGAGGCAUCUUCGAGACCAAGUUCCUGUCCCAGAUAGAGAGCGACUGCCUGGCCCUGCUGCAGGUGCGCUCCAUCCUGCAGCACCUGGGCCUGGAGUCCACCUGCGACGACAGCAUCAUCGUCAAGGAGGUGUGCACGGUGGUGGCGAGGCGCGCGGCCCAGCUCUGCGGCGCCGGCAUGGCCGCCGUGGUGGACAAGAUCCGCGAGAACCGCGGCCUGGACUUCCUCAAGGUCACCGUGGGCGUGGACGGGACGCUCUACAAGCUGCACCCUCACUUCUCCACGGUCCUGCAGGAGACAGUGAAGGAGCUGUCCCCCAAGUGUGAAGUGACCUUCCUGCAGUCGGAGGACGGCAGCGGCAAAGGCGCCGCGCUGAUCACGGCCGUGGCCUGCCGCAUCCGCGAGGCCGGCCAGCGGUAGAGGGAAGCAGGUUUGCCCCAGAGCUUGGUUUGAGCAGAACAGGACGUUUCCUCACCCAACCCCUCCCUCCUCCCUCUGCACACACUCACACACCCCCUCCCCUCCAAGCAGACUCGUAGCUUUACUCGUUCUCCGGGGCACCACGGCGGGACUGGAGACGCCGUGGGCUCUGCCAAGUGUUGUCGUAGGAGUUUCCUUGCAUGCCAUAAAACCAGCUGUCGAGUAAAGCUCACCGUGACUUUUGGCUUCUCCCUGCAUUUCCAGGUGGAGCUGGAGCUGUCCCACCUCCGUCACACCCCAGCUCUCCUCCCACCACUGGCCCUCCCCUAGCAGCAGUAGGGAUAACACUCGGAUAAUUCAGACACUGCAUUGUCACUUUAACAGAACCUAUUUAUGUGUGUCGGAGCCGUAGCUGUCCGUGCUGUAGAAGCAAACCUCUAAGAUUGGGCUAAAGACCUCCACUAGUCUUUUACCCUGAUCAAGGCUGUAUUAUUUCCAUGAAAGUCAUGGUAACUCUUAAAGCACAGGGUGCAGAGUUCCACAGGCGUGGCUGUGGCUGCACUGGAGGUACCACGUACCUCCCUUGGUGAGCGAUCCCAGAGAAGCUGCUGGGACCAGGCUGCUGGGCUCCUCAGCCUUGGUGAGCGAUCCCAGAGAAGCUGCAGGGCCCCUCAGCCCUGGUGAGUGACCCCAGAGAAGCUGCAGGGCCCCUCAGCCAGCCCCAGCAGAGCACGUGCCUGGAAAUAAUUGGGGACUCAGGGUCUGAUCCCAUUUCCUGACCUCUCCCCCACACCCUGAGCAGUGUGUAGGAACGUGGCGUGUGUAGGGUCGUGUUUCCUUCCCUGGUGCACGCGUGGGCUCCAGGAGCCACGGGUCAGUGUCUCCCCUGCCAAGCCCCAAGCCCGUGGCCGUGUCUGCCCUUGGCGUGGAGAGUCUGGUUUGCUUUGUCUGUGAAAUAGUUCUGCGGCUGCAGCCUUUAGGUGGCACCUGAUUUAUACACUGUAUAUUUAUGUUUUAAGAGAUCUGAUGUCUUUUUAUGUACAUAGUCUUGGGGGGGUUGUAUCAGUUUUAAUGUCACCUUUUCAUGUUGUCAAAGAAGAGUACAGAGUAAUUAUUUUCUUCUUUUUUUUUUUUUCUUCUGUCGUGUAAUUUUUUUUUUUAAUUUAAAAUUUUCUUGGGGUAGACUGGAGAAAGAGACCCAAAUACCUGAGGAACUGUUGUACAAGAGGUUUGGGCAUUCUGACUUUAUCACCAGGACAAAAGGGAAGGCGGAAAGCCAGGGCGUGCAGGAGCGGCGGGGCCCUGCGGUGAUGCUGUGGGCUUCAGGCUGGGUUUAACCUUAGGAGAGGUUUUGCUUUGUCCCCUGCCCUCCCCAGCUGUGCUCCAGGUCACAUCCCUGGGGGGUGACAUAACCCAGGGCCCUGCAGGUCCCCCUGUGCCCGCAGCAUCACCCGUGUGCCAUGGCCCAGUGCAGGGAUCCGUUUUUGCCAACAGAAAACUCUGGAUGAACUAAAAGCUGCAGGUCUCUGCCUCAGGGAGAGGAGGCAGACAGAGGGUGGGGGGGUUUUCUGUAAAUAUUUAGAAGAAGUUAAUGAAAUUUCAGUGAUGUACAAAAAAAAUUAUAACUAAUAAACCCCACAAACAGCCCUUCAGAUUGGAGGAUAGAGUUUUGUCUAUUUUUAUGUAUAUUUUUAUACUGCUUGGGGUAACCUCAUUACCAAAAGUCUCUCUUCUGUGUUGGGGGUCAAGUUCAGUAGCACAAUUUUAAAGGAAAAUUACUCUUUUGGGCAUUUUAAAUGCUUAUUUUUUUAUAAGCCUCAAGACAAUUAUAACAAAUAAAACCUGUGUAUAGAAAUGAUGUAAGAAACCAAGUUUAGUGGAAGUUUUAGAAGCUGUCAAAUAAAUCUUUGAAGGAUGAUACAGAAAUCCUCUAAUCUGGUACCAAGCAGUUUUGUGUGAUUUUUUUUUCCUCAGAAAACCAGCAUUUUGCCUACUGAAAAAUCAAAACAGAAAUCUUUUUAGCUGCUGCACUGUGCAGAGUUGCAUUAGUGCCUGUUGUUACUCUUAGCCAGCUGUGCCCCUGCUGAAAUCCAUAGUGCUUUCAUCUGUUAGUGAGUGAAAUUGUAUAGUUUUGGGGGCAGAAUGGGAAGGAUGGGGAUCUGAGCAGCCCUGCUUUUGAGCAGGGAAAGGACAGGGUGAGAGGGACCUGGGGAGCUGAGGUGCCUGGCCUGGGGCAGGGUCCCCACAGCCCCCUCACCUGCCUGGGGUGAAGGAGGGGCUGCAGCUCACAGGGGUGAGCAGGAUCACCCUUGUGGAUGGUGGUGGAGGAUUUUUGGCUGGGCUUGGUCAGAGGGACCCCCCUGGCUCUCCAAGGCUCCCCUAAUGCUGGGAAGCUUUUGCUAAGACUCAGAAUCAAGCAGGGUCUGGAAUGUUCCCGGUUGAGAGUGUUGCAGGAGAGCUGUGGGUGCAGGCCCAGCCUCCCUGGGGCUGCAGGGGGGUUUGGGGAGCCCCUGGAGGCGUUUGGGAUCCCCAGGGGCACCAACCCUGCAGGUGUUGGAUGUCCAGCCCAGAACCUCACGCCAAAAGCGUCGCCAUGGGAUGUUCUGUGAAUGUGUUUAAAAUGAAGAAGGGAAGAUUAAAUCCUAAUUACUGAUAUGAAGGGAAGAUCAAACGAUUAUCUGUGGGGACAGACGGACAGACUGCUCAGCCUGAUUUGUCUUCCCUGCAGCAACAAGUGCUGCUUUGUGGGUUUAGGAUGGUUUUGUUUUGCUUGGUUGUUCCCAUCUGGAUGCAUUUUCUUUGCUUUCCCGGGGUGCUGGAAUGUUCUCUGGCCACGCAGGCAGCAGGAGCAGAGUCUCUGCCCUUCCCUCCCCGGCAACUCUCCCCUCCUUGGUACUUUGGACAGGAUUUUAUUGGGCUUUUAAAAUGUAUGUACAUCUAUACAAACACAAUCAGCAAAUUACUGAGACUCGCAAGCAGAAUGUGCCUGUUCCCUUCCUGGAGCCCAGGGCUGGGAGGGAGCAGCUCAGUGGCCCGAGGGUAUGAGAGGGGCGCAGAUCUCUGGCCUGGCAGCAGCUCAGGUGCAGUUUGACCCCAGAUAACUCGGUGCCUCCUCUCCUCCCUUAUCAGGCAAUCCAAACCCAUCUGGCUGUCACAGAGAUAAGGGGGUGAAAGGUCCAAGUGCACAGAGGGGAGAGGCGCAGAACGGUGCCAAGUGCACCGUGCAGGGGCUGGGAGGUUCAAGAUAACCACAAAAUAACCUGGAAUUCGGGGAGCCCUCACCCCAGUCCCCUCCAGACACGGAAAAUGCCUGCUUUGGGCAGAUCAGUCGCUUGCUCUGGCACAAAAAUGGGCACGGAAGGCAAAAAGAGGCAAUUCCUGUUCUCAAGGUAAAUUGGAGAGAGGAAAAUUCUUUCUCUUGUGACAUCCCUGACCAGCCUGAAAGCCUUCUGGCCUGAAGCAAAGAAAAUGCACCUGGAUGUGGGCCUGGCUCCGUGCGGGCAGGGGAGUCCUAAAGCCAAAGACUGUGUGGCUGCUGGCAGAAACGAGUGCUGUAGAUUCACCUGAUGUUGUUCUCUCGUGUUUACAAUAUUUAUUUUAGCAAUUGACUGCAAUGAUAUUAUAUAUAGGCUUCCUUAUUUUUGUACUUUUCAUACCUGAGUGUGGUGUUGUACUGCUCAGCUCCCCUCGGCCACCACUGCUGCUCCUCAGUGACAAUAAACCAGAGAAAAACA